GAGAGAGAGAGAGAGAGAGAAGGAGAGAGGGCCGGCUACAUAAUGAAUUGGUCGUGGUUGCUGGUCCUGGCUGUCACCCUUACCGCUGCGUUAUCCUUCAAGAGCGCCGAUGAGCAGCUGGAGUACCAGAAGCCCGUGCCUCGAUUAUACGGCGACAGGAUUCCCAGGAGGGUCUUGACUACGAGCGACAAGAAGGUACAAAGAAAAAUCGUCCUUUAUCACAACUUCUUCCGCAGUCGCGUCGAUCCUCCGGCUGCUAAUAUGCUCGUCAUGAAAUGGCACGACGGGGCGGCCAAGGCCGCGCAAAAAUGGGCGGAGGCGUGUUACGCCCUUACCCACGACAAUGCCACCGGUUUGCACAUCGACGCCUUUGGUAGUUGUGGGCAGAAUAUCUUCAUCUCGACCGCUCGAGUGCCAUGGUUCUUCGCAAUAAAAACCUGGUUCUCGGAGGAGCGGCUGUUCAGCUAUGGCGCCACACCCGAACACAACGAACUCAAUAAGAUCGGCCACUACACGCAAAUGGUCUGGGCGACCUCGCACCUCGUCGGCUGCGGAUGGGCCCAGUGCGACGGCAAAAAUGGACCCCGCGGCAUACCCUAUUUCAGCUACGUAUGCAACUACUGUCCUGGCGGCAACCGCGUGGACAAAUUGUCGGAGCCAUACGAGGUCGGCGAGAACUGCGCCUCCUGCCCGGGCCAAUGCCAGCUCGGCAAGCUCUGCAAGAACGCCUGCCCCUGGGCGGACCUAUGGGCCAACUGCCAGCAGCUGCGAGCCACGUGGCCCGGUUGGCUGUGCGAUACCGAGACGGAUCAAGGACGCGAGCGCCGGCAGUUCUGUCGUGCCACCUGCCGCUGCCAGGACAAGAUCAUCUGAGUCGGCCGAUCGGUCGCUCAUACGCGCCCGCCAACGACCAGCGGCCAUCCAUCCUAGGUAGCGUCACCCCGCCCAUCGCCCAUCGCCCAUCCUGCGGCCACGAGUCUGUCUGGCAACUCUCAGUCACGGGGUUAAUAACAAGGUCAUUGCGAGGGAGCGCCGACAAUGCUCGGGAUGACCAAGUUUGUGUAUAUCGUAA